UAUUUUGAUUUUUUUAUGAAUUAUCUUUGAAAGACAGGGUCCUUAAAAAGGGACGUUUCUUUUUUUGCUGAGUUUAUCAUAUAUAUAUAUGAACUGUUUGCCUCAAUGUGAGUUAGUGGGAAUUGAGACUGUAAUGAAGUAAUACCUCAAAUUUAAAUGAUAAAUUACCCAACAUGAUGACUUGGUGCAUACCAAAAAUUCUGGAAUUUGGUGAUGUCCUUCAGCCAUCUCUUGUUCAGCACAAUCUCAGUCGGGGCCAGAUGUGAGCUGGUGAUCCUCUUUCUAGCCAGUCCUUGGAAUGAAGAUCCUCCAGACUGCUGUGGUUACAUUGUCCCAACAUCAGCUGUGCUCGUUGACACAUUGUGGCUGCUUGCUGCAUGGUCCUGACUGUUACCAUAGUGACCAAAGCACGCUAGAUCCGAAGCUGGAGGAUGAAAGUCAGAAGCUGGACCUGAAUAUCAAAGAAGAAGAUGUGGAUCAUUUUAUGUAUCUAAACUAUUCUGGAGUUCUGAAAGAGGAAAAGAAAGAGGAAACGUGGGAGUGUCCUCAGCCUGGGAAAUUGGGUCCUGACUGUAACCAUAGUGACCUAAGCAAGCCAGAUCCAAAGAUGGAGUCAGUCAAGAUGGAGGAUGAAAGUCAGACACUGGAGCUGACUGUUAAAAUCAAAGGAGAAGAAGAGGAGGAAACUUAUGGCACUGAAUGUGGCAAGACCUCUUUGGCAACAAGGAAUCAGCUCAAGUCCACUGGAGAGAAGUCCUACCAUUGCUCUGACUGUGGGAAGAGUUUCAGUCAACAUUCAAACUUAAAACAGCAUCAGAGAACACACACAAGGGAGAAAUCUCAUAGCUGUUCUGACUGUGGAAAGAUCUUCAGUCAUAAGGGGAGUUUGGUAUACCACCAGAGAAUACAUACAGGGGAGAAACCGUAUAGCUGCUCUGACUGUGGGAAAUGUUUCAGUCAUAAGGGGAGUUUGGUAUACCACCAGAGAAUACAUACAGGGGAGAAACCGUAUAGCUGCUCGGACUGUGGGAAAUAUUUCAGUCAAAAGGGGAGUUUGUUAUACCACCAGAGAAUACAUACAGGGGAGAAAUCCUAUAGCUGCUCUGACUGUGGGAAGAGUUUUACCGCAUCUUCUACUCUAAAGAACCACCAGUGUAAAACACACUAGAGAAAAGCUUCACUCGACAUCAACAUUUCUCACAACAUCAGAGAACAGUGUGUUGGAUGCGUUUGUUUUGGUUGUUUCAGAUGUUGUGCCCAAUAGAAA